GCAAUAAACGCAGUCAGUCGGAAAACAUGAGCGAACAGACGCAGGAAAUUAAUCCGCGACGCUCUUCAAACGAUGAAGAACGGCCUCAGGGCGAAUCUCCUGCGACGGUUACGAACCUUCAGGAGCUGCUCGGCGCCGCGGGGGCGGUGGCUCAGUUCAAAGAGGCCAGCCCCGAAAAGCUGGCGGAUUUGUCGCAGAUCAUUUUCUAUCCGUCGUCGAAGCCAGUUGUUGCGGAGGAAAAAUUAGGGUCAGGUGGCCGGGCUAGGUUUCUGGAGGAGGAGGGAAUUUAUGUGCCAACUUUGCCGAACGUGAGGUGGAAUAUGAGGAGCAAAAUGGAGAGACGUUUGGUGACAAACGCCAUCCGCAAUAAAAAAUGGUUUCAAGAAGACGGCGAGUUGAAGAGUUGCGAGGAGGAACUGCUGGAAAAUCCAGUCAGGCCCAAUUUGGACGAGGAAAACUCGAAUAUCGCGACGAUUUUCAGAGAUUGCAGCAACGACGUGGAGAGGUUCAUUCCGUCGAGCGAGACGAUGAUUUUGCUCGAGCUGCAGCUAAACAGUUUGCAUUUCACGCAGCAUCCGCUUUUCACCGUCGAGCACACUUUGGCGCAGAGAUUGACCGAGACGUUUUACUGCUACCAAAAAAAGUUGGCAGCCAGGUCGUUCGAACGAAUGUCAAAAAGGUUAACAGCGCUCAGGCACGCUCACGACUUGCUGAAAAACAAAUCAGGCGAAGGGGUGGAAGAGAAACUGCAGCGGUACGAGCUGGAGAUAAAAGAUUUGCGGACGACGACCCUUUUGCAAGGCGCGGCGGAAAGGUCGGUUUUGGCCGCCGUCCUGGCCGUUUGGGAGGAGCUGAAGGACUUGCGUGAGCGGCAAGGGUUCGUCGGCUGCCCCACAAAGUUGACGGUGAGCCAGGCUGUCGUCUCGGAAGGACGCCGCAAGAAGGAGGAAAGGUUGUGGAAGGAUGCUGUGAAGCAGGUUGUCAAAGAGAUGCGCAGAGAGCAAAAGCCUCAGGAGGAAGAGGAAAAGGAAAACUCGGACUGGGUGCAACUGGCUGGAAAAUUAUUAAAAGAGUCGCUCAAACCACCAGGAGAGCCGGAAAUGAUUAUCAAUUUGAGCCAGGAUCUGGAAACAAGUAUCGACUCAAAGAGUUUAAAGGCGCAGAAUCGACUGCAGAGUCACCUGCAUCGGCAAAAAGUGUGUCUGAAGAUUUUGUACAAUGGCAGCGAAGUUUGCCAAAGCAUGCCGUACGUGCUGGACAGCCAAACUUUCAGCGCCGACAUGAGCAUUAUGCUGCCGCUCUCCGCUGUUCACUGGCCGCAAAAUUUCAGCCUGCAAAUUUUGCAGCACUCGACAAUAAAGAAAGCACUAAUCGCCGAGGUCAGCCUGCCCUUGCCCGAGAAAGGGUGCACGCGGGAAGAGGUGCCGGUGCAGAAGGUGUUUUUCGGAAACGAGACGCAUUCAGGGUACAUUAUGUGCAAAACGGGCUGGGGAAAAGACGCCGACGGCAAUCUGCGCCAGCCGAGCGGCCGGUAUUGGGAAACCGCGGUGUCUAGCGUCACGAAAAAGGUGCCGAAAACGCCUGAGGAGCUGCAAAUGUGGAUAGACAGGUCGCGGAUCGACCCAAACAACCCGGCCAACAGCGAAAUUAUCAGCAAGGCGAAGAAUCGCGCGCUGGGCGACUUGAAUUCGGAUCCUCUGGCGUCUGAUCUCGAUUUCUGCACCGAUUUGGAGUUCAGGGAAGGAGACGCGAGACUAAAAAUACUGGAGCUGCGGGAAAAGGGCCACCCCGCUUUUUGCAACAUGAAAAUGGUGCCGAUCAACGCGAGGGAGCUGCCAGAAGGAUUGUUGAAGGAAUUCAGAGACAGACACUGGCAGCAGUCGAGUCAGGUAAAUUUCAUCGAGGAAGAGGCUGACGACUCGCUCGCGAAUCAUAGAACGUGGGCAUUGAACUCAAUUAGGGAAAUCAAAGAGAAAAUUCAGCGACAGGGCAGGCUCUCCAGCAGGAAGAAGACCAUGAGGGAGCUCGUCACCGAGGACCUCGUCCCCGACAUUGGGACGCUCGGACUGACGUUGAUGGCCUGGUUCCAACCGUCGCGUCCGCUGCGUCCAAUGCGCAAACCGCGGCCUCAGGUGGCAAUUCAGGGUAGCACGACGCACAGCAGCACCCUGAUCGUGAACGUGGUGAGCGCCCUGCAGGUGCCGACGCGCAAGGACCUCGACCUGGAGCCUUCGAACGUCAACUCUUUUUUCGAAGGGAGUCCGACGAACGCGGCGGCGUUCAACACGGUGGCCGUGCGACCUUUCGUCGAGGUCAGUUUCAAGGGUGCAUCGGCCAGGACGAGGGCUGCCGAGGGCGCCAACCCCACGUGGAACUGCGAGCUCCAAAUUCCAAUUCAAGAGGAAGUUUUUGAUCACGAUUUGAUCAACAUUCGGCUCUUUGACGAAAUCGUCGUCGACGUUUUGAACGACGAGAGGCUGCGCGACAUCGACGUGCACACGAGGCACGAAAAAGCAUGGCUUGGCGCGAUUAAUAUUCCGUUUUCGGCCGUCCAGCGAACCGCAAAGAUCGACGGCACGUUUCCUCUGAACGCGCAACAACUUUUGCUGGGCUACGAGCAGGAGGAGCAGAGCAGACAGUUUGGGCCCCUUUUGGGUCCGCUCGAAUCGCCCAGGGGCUCGGCCAACUGCACGUUUCUCAACUUUUUCAUCACUCUGCAGCCGCCGAUGGUUCUCGCCGAGUCGGAAACGACUGAGAGGUUGGAGUGCAUGGAGAGCGGUUCAGUUGAAAGGCACCUCGAGGAUUGGAGUUCGCAGGUUACCGCUUUGUUUCCUGACAGGAAAGUGCCCGCGUUGGUGGCCACCGCGAACGGCAAGACGGCUUGCUUGACGAGAUUUUUCCGCCCCAUCAAACCCCCAGAGGUCAAGGACACGCACAGUCGCACCCUGGCGGAGGUGACCUCGAGAUUCGUUUCCCUCAUUCCGCGAACGCAGUCCAACGUUUGUCUAACCGCCGAGGAGAUAAUGAAGUUGUGCUACGGCGAUCAGAUGUCCAGCGCAAUUUUGCUCACGUGCUUCCUGCAGACGUUCGACCUGGACGCGUGGCUGCUGAUCGGCUGGGGCGUGAUGAGGGGCGCGUCCUACUUCGCGCUCACCAGGGAAAAGCAGUCCCCAAACGAAAUGGCCAUCUGGGACGUUUUCACGGGCUUAAAGUCCAAACUGGACGACCCUUUCUGCCCGGCGACGCUGGUGUGGGCAGUCGCCAACAAGGAUAAUAUUUGGGCGAACGUGCAGAAGGAAAGUGCCCCGAGGCGGAUGCGGUUCGAUUUUUCCCGUCUGGCCGAUUGGUCGCCGGCGUUUGUUCCUGCGGGAGCCGUCGCAGCUCCAGGAAGAGAAACUGUUCUCCAACCAGAAUCCAUUCAGUUCACAAAAACGCCAUCGGAAUCGUGCAAGGAGCUAGUUUCCCGACUUGAAAGCAUCCUCAAAGAAAAUUUCAUGACCUGGCGAACAAACCUGAGAACUCGUUGGAACCGGCAUUGCUGCUCUGUGCUGAGAAAGGUUUUAUCGACCUUAGAAAAUCAAAUAAACUGCAAAAAGGAAGCGAUGCGAGAGCUGCAGCCGCUAAUCGCAGCACACAAGAUGAUCGGUUUCCCGCUGCACAUGAGUUACGCCGACGACAAAGAGGUGAUCCGCACGUUGUACUCGACACAACUGCACAGCCUGCGGGACGCCGAGGCCGAGUUCGGGAUCGCGGUGGCCGCCUUCCCUUACGCCAACAACGCCGUCUCUUUGUGGGUCUUCGUCGCCGCCCUCUCGCAGCGCAGGUGAUCUCGAGGCGCAGCAAGCAGGUCGACUUUCGCUAUUAUGCCAAACUGGAAUUACCGCUAUAUUUUCGCCAUCUCAACGAACACGCCCCGAAUCGACGGAG